AAGGGCACAGACAAUCCAACUGCAAGCUAGGGUUUUCUGAAGUUCUUUUGCUUCUCUGUCAAUCUCAUCAUGAGCUUCAGCUCUUCUAGGGUGGGCAGUAAUGUUUCCUCUAGAUUAUCUACUGGUGUCUAUGGAGCACCAUCAGGUCUCCAAGGUGGUUAUGGAGGAUUGGGGAUUUCCAAAAGCACAGUUAGAUUGACCUCUUCAGCGUUAGGAAGUAAUUUCUCAUCUGGAUUUGGAGGUGCAACAUCCUUUGGUGGCACUGGAGCUUCUGGCUUCAGCACAGCCUUUACUUCCACCAAUGCAGAUGGCUUGCUGUCUGGGAAUGAAAAAUCUACCAUGCAGAAUUUGAAUGAUCGCUUAUCAAAUUACUUAGACAAGGUCAGAUGUCUUGAAAAAUCCAAUGCUGACCUUGAGAAGAAGAUCCAUGGGUGGAAUGAGAAGCAGGGGUCAGUUACGGUGCGUGAGCAGAAUUACUCACCAUACUAUGCAACAAUUGAUGAGCUACGUCAGAAGAUCCUUGAGGCAUUUAUUGAUAAAAAUCGCAUCCUUCUUGAGUCUGAUAAUGCAAGACUGGCUGCCGAAGACUUUAAACUUAAGUAUGAGAAUGAACAUUCAAUGCGCUUGGGUGUAGAAGCGGAUAUUAAUGGCCUGCGCAAGCUCUUGGAUGAGAUGACUCUCUCUAGAGCUGAUCUGGAAUUACAGAUUGAGAACCUAAAAGAAGAGCUUACCUAUAUGAAGAAAAACCAUGCAGAGGAAAUGAGCGUGAAGGGUCAACAGAUGAUAGGAACUGUAAAUGUGGAAAUGGAUGCACCUCCAGCAAAUGAUCUGCCCAAGAUCCUGGGUGAAAUGAGGGAGCAUUAUGAGUAUUUAGUCGCUAAAAACCAACGGGAAUUAGAAGCUUGGUAUUUGUCACAGAGUGAAUCUUUGCAGAAGGAAGUGGUGUCUGGCACAGAGCAGGUUCAGACCAGUAAGACUGAUAUAACAGAUAUAAGACGUAAUGUGCAGGGACUGGAGGCUGAACUUCAAUCACAAUAUAGUAAGAAAUCUGCACUAGAAGCUGCUCUUGCAGACACAGAGGCACGCUAUUCUACUCAGCUCAGCCAGAUCCAGUACAUCAUUGGUGGCAUUGAGGCUCAGCUGUAUGAUCUUCGAUAUGAAAUGGAACAUCAGAAUCAAGAGCACAAGUCACUUUUAGCCAUUAAAUCUCAUUUGGAAGCAGAGAUUGCAACCUAUCACAAGCUGCUUGAGGGCCAAGAAUUCAGCAUUGGUGACUCUAAAAAGGUGUGCGGUGGUGCUAGUAGCACCACAACCACUACCAAAAUCACCACCAUUGUGAAAGAAGAUGCGUCUUUGGGUCAAAAACAGAACUGAAUUUUUCCUUGGCAUCAUUCAGAUCGACUACAAGCAUGCUGUGGGCUGUGACUAUCGAAUGACUUGAUUCUAAAUAAUACUUAAACGAAUUAACGAAAUAUGCAUGGCAACUCAUAUUUUGAUGUUUUCUAGGUGAAACAAAAAUGUAAAAGUAUCUGCAGAUACUUUCCCUUAAUGUAAUUAAGAAAUAAAAAGCACCAACUUUAGGCAGGUCUUGAAAAAUGCUCUAUGUGCAAUAAAUAUUUCCAAGAAAU